AUUUAGCUUCAAUUCACCCCCUUUCGCUCAGGAUACGUCAAUCUCCUCUCACCGAUCCCUAAUAGGUAAUUAAAAAUCCCUAUUGCUUGUUGUGAUACAAAAGAUUCUUCUUUUUUACUUCAGCAAUCCACGAAACUCUUCUAUUUGUGGAAAAUUGCAGUUGUUCCCUUUCCGUUUUUCCUAAAUUGUUCCAAAUUGGAUAACGGAUUUCUACUGAAAGAGAAAUAAGAUGAGCAGUGGUGGUGCUAGCCACAGAGCUAAGGCUCAUAGCAUCUCCGGUUGGACUGAUUUUGACCUUAAUCAAAGAAGGAAGCAGCAAGGUGCUGCCGACAAUCAUGAUUCCAAUCCUUAUCCUUCCUUAUCAGCCCUAACCGCACCAAGAAAAAACGAAUCCCUUUUAGCUAAGCCCUUUUCAUCCGUGCUUGCCCCUUCAAUUGCUUUUCCUUCCUUGAAAGAUGUUAAGAGUAGCAACUUUCCAGCCACCACUUCUACAGCUGAGACCGCUGCCACAGCUAAGUUAGCUUAUGGAAAGCUAAAAGAUCACCACCCUUGGACAGAUGAAAGCUUGAUUCAGGAUGUUUUGGCUGGUGUAAACGACAAUGUAGAUGAGGCUUUGUCUUUACUAGAAGCAAUGGUCAUCACUGAUCAUCAUCAAGUUGACAAGAAGGAAGAAGUUGAGUCAAGCUGCAAUAAUUUUGACUCUGCAGCUGGAAAUCACAAACAAUCUGUGGAUGAGGGAUCUUCAUUACAGUUACUGGAUAUUAUCAAGUCUUUACCCGUUGAACCCGAGCCUGAGUGGGGAGAGGAUGAUGUCUAUCUGAUUUACCGGAAAGAUGCAAUAAGGAUGAUGAGAUCAGCAUCUCGUCAUUCAAAGUCUGCUAAUGAUGCAUACCUAAGGGGUGACCAUGCAGCCGCUCACCAUUUCUCAGUUAAAGCUCAACAGGAAUGGGCUGCUGCUGAGAGGCUCAAUGCUAAGGCAGCCAAAGAAAUUCUGGAUUUGAGGAAUUGUAAAAGUGAUCCAUGGACAUUAGAUUUACAUGGUCUUCAUGCCGCAGAAGCAGUUAAAGCAUUGCAUGAACAUUUAAUGACUGUUGAAACCCUACUUUCACCGCACUGUUUAGAAGCACAUCCAGGAAUCCUAAAGAAAUCCAGCGUGUCAGUUGCUGCAUCUGCACAAUCAUCUGUUCAGCUUGAGAUGGAGAAGUUUGGGAGACGGCACCCAACUUCUAGGCAGAGGAUUACAUUGUUACAAGUUAUAACAGGAAAGGGUAAUCAUAGCCGGGGAUCAGCUGCACUCCCAUCAGCUGUCAGAAACUUUCUCAGUGAGAAAGGGUAUAGUUUCGAUGAGACUAGGCCUGGGGUUAUAAUGGUACGACCCAAGUUUCGGUUGCGAUGAACCAUUGGUGUCCCAUUUGAAAAAGAAUAAACCAUGCUACAAUGAGCUGGUGGUAUGUGAAUAUAUAUUGAUUAUUAUGCAAUCUUAUAGCUCCUAUGUUGGGGUUGACUGAACUACCAUAGGGAAAUUCAUUGCCGAAAGCUGCUGUUGUCAAUGGAGGCACAUGUAACAAACAUACAAUAUUUAUGGUGUGAAUUAGUGUUAGCUGAGAUAGUAGUGUGCAUUAUAGUUGGUCAUGUUUAGUUAGCUAUCUACUCUUACAGAUAUAUCAUGAGUUAGUGGUUUAAACAUAGAAUUACUGUACAUGUACUAUAAGGUUAGCAUUUCAGAACCGGAUUUAGUUUUAUGACUCAAUAGCCAUGAAUCA